UUCCGAAGUGUUGCCAAAUGUCCGAGUUCUAUAUCGAUUACUCCUCCCUCUGUCGAGUAAAAUCGAAAACAUCGAAGGAAAACAAACAUGGCAAACAAGAGCGAUGUACUGUGGCAGGAUCGCGACAUCAGAUUCGAUAUCAGUUCUCAGGAAAUGCAAUUUCGACCCGGCGAAAACUUGAUCGAUCGAUUAGAUAUGGUGGAAGAUACCAAGGGCAACAGUGGAGAUAGAGGUAAACUUUUCAUCACCAAUUUGAGAGUUAUCUGGCAGUCGCACUGUAGACCGAGGAUCAGUCUGUCAAUAGGUUUUAACUGCAUAACUAGUUUGUCGACAAAAACUGUGAACUCGAAAUUAAGAGGAAUCACCGAAGCUUUAUACAUAUUAACAAAAACAAAUAAUACAAGAUUUGAAUUCAUCUUCACCAAUCUGGUGCAAGGAAGUACCAGACUGAUGACAUCAGUAAUUGGAGUUUACAAAGCAUACAGUUCUAGCAAAACGUAUAGAGAAUUAAAACUGCGCGGAGCGGUAAUUCAGAACAAGCAAUUGAGAGUGCUGCCCCAGGAGCAAAUUUAUAAUAAAAUCAACGGCGUGUGGAAUCUUUCUAGCGAUCAAGGAAAUUUGGGAACAUUCUUUGUCACAAACAUCCGGCUAGUCUGGCAUGCCAACAUGAAUGAGCUAUUUAACAUCAGCCUUCCUUAUAUUCAAAUGGCCAACCUGAAAGUGAGGGAAUCAAAAUUCGGGAUGGCUCUGGUGGUAGAAAGCACAGAAAAUAGCGGAGGUUACGUAUUGGGAUUCAAGAUCGAUCCUCUAGAUAGACUACAACAAGUUCAUAAAGAACUGUCGAGCCUGUUCCAAGUCCACAAAGCCAAUCCAAUAUUUGGUGUCGAUCAUUACAUCGAGAAAAAGGCAAAUGACAUGGAUUCUAGCGAACAUCCCAAAAUUGAAACAUUCGAUGAAGACGUGGAGAUAAUUACGUCCAAAGAUCAGUACGAUGUUUUUGCUGCAUACUUUGCAGAUGAUGGUCAGCACACAGAUAGGGACGUGGUAUACAGCGAAGAAUUAGGACUGGCCAUUGAAAAACUGAAAGAAGGAUUUACUUUAUCUAACUUGUGGGAGGUUAUACCGAGUUAAUUCCGAGUACUUGUAUGCAUUUCCGUUAUUUAUUCAUGUAUCUGUAAAUGCACAUUCAAUAAAACAACUGCAAUAAUAAUAAUAAUAAUAUUUUUAUUUAUAACAAUUGUAUAAAAAAACAAUUUUAAAAAUUACAAAAUGUGUUAUAAAUCAAUAAUUAACAUUUUCAACUUUGUAUAUGUAUAUACAUAAACAAUAACAUAAGUGUAUAAAAAAUUUAAAUAUUUUUGCUUCUUGGAUGAAUUAGAAAAUAUUUUAGUAAUACAGAGUACAUUUUGUCACACUGUUGAAGGACAUGUAACUCACUAAGAAUAUUUUUUGAGGCAUGAUUGUAACAUUUAAAAAUAGUACUUUUGUGGCAUGAGUUUCAGAUUAUAAGAACGGUUAUUAAUUAAUAAAAAAGCAUGCCAAAUGUACCGUUUGAUUCUGUUUCGU